CGAUAACCCGAUUCGGAGCGUGAGUGAAAUAGCGAUCGCGGCCGAGUCUUAUCGCGCGUCGGGGCGCCGUAGGAGCUGCGAGAGUCAUACAAGUCGUCUGGACGAAUAUCCUUAUCAGUGGCGAAAGACGCGUGCAAGAAAACGGUCACCGUUGCGUGAAGAUCCCAUGCGCGUGCUGUAUCCGGGGGGAGAGUGGUCCAAUUUUAUUAAUUUUAUCUUCGUCCUCACCAUACCAGAAAUGUAAACUACUCGAUCGUAAACGGUUUGCGAAAGUGAUACGAAUCCAACGGUGUGCUCGAGUCGGUGCUGUAGCUUGUAAUCAGUGGAAAGUUCUAGGAAAUAGCAUUGUGCUCCUUGUUCUUUGUUCUGUUUGAAGGGCUUGGUGAAGAAAAAAAGCAAAGCAGGCGCCAACGUUGACCGGUGUCGGUGCCCGAAGAGAGUCAACCAAAUGUUACAUUUAAAACAGCUUUUCCGGAAUGCAUCAGGAUUCAGACAAGUUUCCCAGCUGAAGCUCGGCAAAAUUCGCCAUUUCGGCACCACCGAUCCCACCGAGAAGCUGCGGCGAGUGGUGAUUGUGACGAAACUGACGCGUCUGGAGUUUGAAAAAAUACGCGAUCCGGAACGGCUCAGCGACGAGCGGUUGGAACAAAAGAUUCGCGAUCGCGGAACGGACUAUGAGGCACUCAAGUACUACCACCACCUGCACAAGGACGUCGAAGAAAAAGUGGUCCGUUCGUUUCGGCACCAGGGUAUCGAGGUGAAAGUGGUGAAUCGUCUCACGAUCGGCAGGGAAGUGCUCCGGUGGGCGGAUCUGAUCGUUCCGAUCGGUGGCGAUGGAACGUUUCUGCUGGCGGCUGGUCGGGCAAGCCCUUUCUUUCUGGCGAACGGCAAGAAAACGCCCGUCGUGGGGUUCAACUCUGAUCCGCGUCGAUCAGAGGGUCGACUGAUGCUACCGAAGCAUUUUUCAACCGAGAUAGACGAAGCGGUGCGCAGGAUAAUUGCGAACGAGUUUCGCUGGAUACAGCGCUCGCGUAUACGCACGACGCUCAUAGGACCGGCCGCCAACGAACGACCCUCACCGAUGGACCUGCACGAGUACCACUCGCAACCAAUCGAGAACAACGACGAGAUGCCACCGGCAGACAACGGAGCAAGCCGAAUCCUGCCCUAUCUUGCGCUGAACGAGGUUUUUAUUGGGGAAAUGGUGUCGGCUCGUGUCUCCCAUCUCCAGCUGUGCAUCGACAACUCGGAGACGGUGACAAAAACGAAAAGCUCCGGCCUGUGCGUUAGCACCGGAACCGGUUCAACGUCGUGGUUAACGAGCAUGAAUCGGCUGUCGAAGAACAAUGUGCAAGAUCUGCUGGACAUUGUGCGAAAACGAACGGCACCGGGUGCGCUAGACGCCAUCGAUGCCAGCACCGUGUCGGAGGAGUACAACGACAAUCUGGUCUUUCCACCACACGAUCCGCGACUGUGUUACUCGAUCCGGGAGCAGAUCUGCGUCGGUGUUUGGCCCAACCCGAAGGGUCUGGAGUCGAGAGGAUUUGCCAAGCAAAUCUUCGUCAAGUCCCGCUGCAUCGAUGCAAGUUUGGUGAUAGAUGGCAGUAUUGCUUACAAUUUCAACGAUGGUGCCCGUGCCCUGCUCGAGGUGUACCCGGAAGAUGCCCUACUGACCAUCGAUAUGGAUGACUGAAAGCGGAGGCUUGUAAGACAAGCUCCAAGAUUUCGAGCCCUUUCCCAGACACAACGGAGUACCGGGAAAAGUUAUAGCUAAAAGAGAAGGUUUCCAUAUAUUUUGUAUAAUUUAUUACGGUAUGCGCAUUGCUGCCGCUGCUGCUGUUACGAUGCGCUUGCUGCACGGUGCAUUUAUUUAUCAAUCCACACGUUCCCUCCCCUUGUACAUUACUGUCUAAGUAGAAUGUUAAAUAAAUUUUACA